CAGAGCAACCAGCUCCAAGUUCAGCAGUAGUUAAGCCAUCAGCUCUAAGUGUAGUAGUAGUCAAGCCAUCGGCUCCAAGUGUAGUAGUAGUAAAGCCAUUGGCUCCAAAUGCAGAAGUGGAACAUU